CUGCUUUAGCUCUCGGUGUUUGCCGUCGCUCAGCGGGGCGAUGCUCGCCUUCUGACCGCUGAACAGCGGGGCAGCGCGGCGGAUUCAGCAGCUCGGACUCGCGUGGAACUUACCUCCGGCGGGUGAACCGUAAAUGUUGGCGUUAACGGCGGCACAGCAGCCCGCAGAACGGCGGGUUUAGCGCUUUUACACCAGCGCGUGUUUUUCAAACGCAGAACAACUGGAGUCCAUUUAGAGCAAAACCAGGAACCAUGUUGGCCAAGAAGGUCCGGACAGAGUACAUGAAGAAGUUCAGAGACCCCAAAUGGGAGACCUUCUCCAAGUGUUACGAGGACUCCCUGAAGUACCGGCUGACCCGCAGGGUGAUGGAGCAUUCCCACAAGCCCUGGUUCUGGGAGGGCUGGGACAGCGGCUCCGACUCCAGCGGCUGGUCCACUCCCAAACUCACCCGGAACAGAGUGGCUCCGCUCUCUCUUCCUCCCCCUCCAGCAUCCUCCUCGGAGGUCAAGCAGAGGCUCCUGGACCUGAAGCCGAAGGUUCGCUCCGAAGAGGAGGAGGAAACGGGAGAACGGGAGCCAGUGGAGGUCCAGGAAGGAGUCAUCGUGGAGAACGGCGUGAACGGCGCCAGUGAGGCUUUGGAAACCGUGGCGCCGAUCGCCAGCGGGCCUUCGGACGAGGCGGCAACAGACAACGGGCCGGCCGACUCGGCGUCCUCUGACGGAGAGCCGAGGAACCCGGCGCCACGGAGACGGCAUCGGCGCCGGGUCCCUCGCUCUGAGCCAACGCAGCAGACCGGUUCCCAUGACGACAAGCCAGCCGGCAUCAAGAAACCCCGAGCCAAGAGCCAACCGCCGCUCAGCACCAAGGAGAGCCGGAGAGCGUCCAGCCGUCUGGACUGGAGCGAGAGGAUGACGGAGAGCCGCACGUUCGACGCCUGCGCUCACACCCGCCGCGAGUCGGACAAGCGCGCCCCCAACCCGGACCGGCGCCGGGCCCGGUCGGCGGACCUGGAGAAGAUGAGGCGGACGCAGCUGACGGCGGCGGACGACCGCUGGACGACGGAGUACAUGCGCUGCUUCUCCGCCCGGGUCAGGUAGAGACGGAUCCGCCCGGACUCCCGGAAACGGCCCGUUCUGACCCGGAAGCAGAGAUCCGAAGCUGUUUUGAAGUGCGAGCGCCUCAGAGGAGCUCAGGAAGUGGGCGGAGAUUCCAGUUUAAAUCUAAACUCGGCAGAUUCUUCACGUUUUAUUCCUCCAAAGAUUUAACAAAAAUACUGUUGCAAAAUGUCCAAAGCUUCAAAUGUUUCAAAUUCAAAUAUAAAAAAGGAGAGUUUUUAUUUGUUUUAGCCUCUCAGUUCAGAGAUUUAAAAAUAAAAGUUCUGUCAGAUGAAAAUGAAACCACGUUAAAAACAUUUGAACAGAAAAAUUUGGUCAAAACGAUUUGUUUGUAGAGACCUUUGGGAUCCUUUUCAGGGUUUUUGAUCAGAUAAACACUUUAUAAUGUUUGUGAUGUUGAUCUGCAUAAUAUUUAAUGUUUAUUGUAAACCUACUGCUUAAAUUUGAUAACUAUUUUCACUGCAGCCUGAAGAAUCUGUUUGUUAAACCUAAAUUUUCUGAGUGAAAAACAGCAAGAAUGAAGGGGAUUCCGCGCCACCUAGUGGGCGAAGGUGGUAACGACAUCUCUCUGAGGAAAACCUUUUAGUUUGAAAUUAAUUCAUGAAGAAAAAGGAGGUAAAAUAAUUUACUUUAAAGAUCCUUUCAGUCAAAACAAGAAUUGUUUGUAGUUUCAACUUUAAAAAUGUGAAUUUUUGUCCACGUUUUGCUUCUGAAAACGUUCUAGAAACGUCCCAAAUCUUCUGCUGGUCUUCACACUUCUAUGCAUCAUCUUUCAGGAUGUGCAGGUCGUCCUUCAGUCCUGAUGCUCCGAUCCCGUUUCCUCAGAUUUUUACUUCAGUUUCUUCUGACUUCAGCUGAAUGUUGGUGUUUUAGAAAUCUUUUCUCACGUUAUUUUGAAAAGCGAGCUCCGUCACUUCCUGAAUGUACUUCAACCCUCAGCAUGAUAGAAAUCACAGAUGAGUUUUGUUUGGUUUUUGUUGUUUUACUGUCAACUUUGAAGCUUCUAAAGGCAGCUGAAUGUUCGUGCAGCUCAGAGGACCAAACCAGACCGUUUUAUUUCACCUUUACCAGCUCCACUUUCUGAGGGAUUUUCACACCAAAAACCGAUUUAAAGAUUUAUUAUAAACUCAGACUAAUUAUUUAAUAUCACUUGAGACUGUUAUUCAUUUCGGAGUUUGGGUUUCGUGUUUUUAUUAUAAAGAUGAAUUCAUACUUUGCUGCUUAUAAACAUUUUUAGCACUUGUUGUGGUUUAUUUAUGGGAACAUGUAAAUGUUAGGACUUUCUAGACUUGAACUGGAUCAUUCCUUCAACGUUUUGUGAUUUCUUUUGAACAUUUUCUUGUUCUCUUCUGGACUUUUGCUGCUGAGACUUCAUGCUUCUCUUUUAUAAAUGUUUUAUGAAGAUUCAAACAAGCAGAUAAAAACGUUUUAGGUUUCUAACUAAUCUGAUAAAGAUGCAGAACUUUAGUUUCCUGAGGACUCGGCUUCUCGUUUGUUCCAGGAUGUUUUUCCAGACUGUUUCAGUCUUUUUCCUCCAAUCACAGUCGACGGCUUUAGGAUCCUCCAGAACCUGGGGUCUGGGUUUGGACUCUGAGACGGGUGAAGAUGUUCUGGAUCACUAAGACGUGGUUUAGAUUCAGUCAGGAGCCGAGUCACAGAUUCUUCUGCUUGUUUGAGUGAUGAAGGAGAGCUUCAGUUUCCCUCCAUUGAUCACAUCUGUUGGGUCGUGGGGGGCUGUGGUGCAGCGGUUUGGUGUCGUGGUGAAGUGUUGGAUUCCCGUGUUGGUUUGUGUUUGUAACUAAAGAUUGUCUCACUGAGGGCUAACUUUCAAACGUUUCAAGUGUUGAUAAAAAAACUUGCAGCGAAUGUCGACGUACAGCAGAACCUCCAGAAUCUCAACUUGCACUUUUUUCACCGUUUUUCUCUUCACACACUAAAACAAAUUUAGUUCAUGAACAUUUUUUCUGUUUGUCUAAACAUGAAAAACUAAAAAAUGACUUUAAAUGAACUUUAUCAAGAUUGUUUCUUUAUAACUUGACGACAGAUUUUCUGUUUUACUGCAUUAAAUGAGACUAAAAUCUGAUAUAAAUCAAAGAAAUUAUGAAUAUUUUAUGAUACUGAAAGAAUCCAGAAUUAGUUUUAACUUUCAAUAAAUGUACAGAUGUCGAUUAAAAAAUGAAAUAUUUUGAUGUAAUGUUUAAAAAACACUCCAUAAACCCCUCCUGCUUCCUGCUGGGCGGGGCUUGUGAAUGAUUGACAGGAGAACACCUGAAUGUUGACAAUCAGUUCAAACCGAAGAGAAACGUUUGUGGUCCUGAAUCCUGUUGUCUCACUCAUGUUUACACGGCUGAAGACAUGUAAACAAUGUUUGUUCUCAAGUGAUGCUGUGAAUAAAUGAUAUAAAGAAAAUCAA